AUGGAUCCCGGAUACUUCGAUGUCGAAAGGAAACAGAAUCCACGGGAAAAAGCAAAUAUAUUUUCCAAGUUUUCAUUUUGGUACACACGACCCAUAUUUGUGAAGGGGAGGAAAGGCCAGCUCAGUAUAUCAGACGUAUACAGGUGUACUCCAGGACACAGAGCUGCUCCAAGAGGAGAUCAAUUAGGUGCCAAAUGGAAAAAGCAAUUAGAAAAACAAGAGAAGGGCAAAAAGCCGUCUCUGCUCGUAGCCAUAUCUCAAGUUUACGGUCUCAAGUUCAUGGUCGGUAAUGUAAUAUUCGCCGCAGUGGAUGCGGCUCUUAGGAUAUCAAUACCGUUGUGCCUUGAAGGGUUAAUACAAUAUUUCUCACCCCUACACGGGGGUGUGGCAACAUCGCACGCAUAUUUAUUUGCACUUGGAGUCGUUGGGUUUAUGGCGUUAAGUGCUGCUUUGGUUCACCCAAUGUUACUGUGGCUAUUAGACAUGGCGAUGAAAAUACGAGUGUCCUGUGGUUCUCUGGUUUAUAGAAAGUUACUCCGUCUAGAUCUGACAGCUGGAGGGAAAGCCUCCGAAGGUCUAGCGGGCCAUGUAGUCAACUUACUAACGACAGACGCCCAGCGGUUCGACAUGGCCAGUCUCUUCAUGAUGGACCUCAUCCGAACCCCUAUCGAAAGCACCCUCAUCGUGUACUUAAUGUAUCGACAGAUAGGGGUGGCAACUCUCGUGGGUGUGGCGUUUUUGCUUAUGUUUAUUCCCUUGCAAGGGUACCUCGGCAAAAUUACAAGCAAGCUCCGUCGAAAAACUGCCAUACGGACAGACAAUCGCAUACGUCUCAUGAACGAAGUCAUACAAAGUAUUGAAGCCAUCAAGAUGUAUGCUUGGGAGUUCGCCUUCGCUAGGAUCAUUGGCCAGGCUCGGAAAAAAGAAAUGAAUGUGAUAAAAAAAAUGUCUUGGCUCCGAGCCGUGAUGAUAUCUUGCGUUAAAUUAAACACCAAGGUAGCCAUCCUACUCAGCAUCAUCUCCUACAUCUCUUACGACAACGAACUCACAGCAGCCAAGGUCUUCGUCAUCUUCUCUUACUACGAAAUACUGAAGUACUCUCUCGUAGACUUUCUCCCUCUUGCCAUAACGUUCACGUUAGAAGCGUACGUGAGUGUGAAGAGGAUGCAAGAGUUUCUGUUGCUGCCUGAAGUAAAUAACCAGGACGGAGUGGACCUGGUGACGAUAGAAGAGAAGAACGUUGUGCAGAAAAAUGGGGUGUUUGAGAAGAUUGGUAAUGGCCAACAGGCGUACAUAAAGUCGGAGACCAAUUUGGAACACUUGAAGCCUCAAGUGCUGAUAGAGAUGAAGGAUUACACAGCCUACUGGAGGAACGUGGAUGAUGAGAAAGUUGAUGGAAAGAUUCCAGCUCUUGUGGACAUCAAUCUAGUGAUAAAACCAGAAACGCUGACGACGAUCGUGGGCACAGUGGGCUCUGGCAAGUCCACGCUACUCCAAGCGAUGCUCAAAGAGCUCACGCCCACUAGUGGACAUCUUCAUACAAAUGCGGCGAUAGCUUACGCAGCUCAAGAGCCAUGGUUGUUUGAAGCUUCUGUCCGUCAAAACAUCCUGUUCGGUCAAGACAUGGAUCUCCGUAGAUACAAGCAAGUCAUCAAGUGCUGCCAACUGAAGACUGACUUGGAGAUACUCCAGCAUGGAGACAAGACCAUUGUUGGUGAACGAGGUGCAUCAUUAUCUGGUGGUCAACGUGCACGUAUAUCUCUAGCGCGUUGUGUUUACCAGAACGCCGAUGUUUAUUUACUGGACGAUCCCUUAGCGGCCGUCGAUGCUAAGGUGGCUCAAGCGAUAUACGAAGAGUGUAUUCGCCAUUUCCUCCGAGACAAGGCGACGGUGCUGAUCACCCAUCACGUGCAGUACGCUAAACAUGCACACAACGUAUGUGUCAUGCGCAGCGGCAAGAUUGUAGCACAAGGCACGUUCCACGAGCUUAAGAACGGCGUAGCAGACUUUGAGAAGUUAAUAGAGAUGGGGGAGAAGGUAGAAGAAGAGAAACAGAAGCAGAAAACAGUGGCCUAUGAGAACCAGGAGAAUGUGGAACAUAGCUACAGCAAGCUAAGAUCCCAGCGGUCUAUGUCAGAAGCUUCACAGCUAUCUUUCAACCUGGACUUGGAAAGUACGGACCCCAAAUAUGAAGGUGAAAAUCAGAAGAAAGGUUCUGUGGACAACAGCGUGUACGUCGCGUACAUCAGAAGCGGGGGCAGCACCUUGUCUAUGAUGCUGCUCAUUCUUCUCUUCUUGUUGGCACAGCUCUUCUACUCUUCUACUGAUGUAUGGCUUAAGGAAUGGGUUAACUUGGAGGAAGCCAACAGCGCUGCAGUCGUCGCCAACAAGAACAAGACCGAAGCUGGAGGAGCCGCACCAGCGGUGGUGUUCCAAGAUCUAUCUUCCAACCACUUCCACUUGACCAGGGAGCAAUGUCUGUACAUGUACGGGGGCCUGAUCGUCGUCUGCAUCAUAUUCACGUGGAACAAACUCGUGGUCUUCUACAACACUUGCAUCAACGCGUCUGUGGCGCUGCAUGAUGAUAUGUUCAGAGGUGUGACCAGUGCUCCAAUGUGGUUCUUCCACCACAACCCAUCAGGUCGGAUCCUGAACAGGUUCUCCAAGGACAUGGGACAAGUCGAUACGUUGCUGCCUGUUGCCUUAGUAGACUGUCUUGGGUUCUUUUUGGAAGUUAUAGCCAUCCUAGUCGUGGUGUGUUUGGUGAACUGGUGGCUGCUCCUGCCAACUGGUGUCGUGGCCGUUCUGCUGUUUACGCUCAGGGCUUUGUUCCUCAGCACCAGUCGGGAGCUGAAGAGGAUUGAGGCCAUUGCCCGCAGCCAGUCACUAAACCACCUAUCAGCUACAGUCUCCGGACUGACCACUAUCAGAUCUACCAGAGUCCAGCAGCCUGUCCUAGCUCGCGAGUUCGACAAGCUCCAAGACCUUCACUCUUCGUCCUGGACGCUGGUCCUCAGCACCAACAGGGCCUUUGGCUUCUGGAUGGAUAUGGUCUGCUGUAUCUACCUGGCGUGUGUGACAUUCAGUUUCUUCUUCUUCGCCAGUGAAGAUAGUUUAGGUGGCAACGUGGGCCUGGCCAUCACUCAAGUCAUAGGUCUGGUCGGCAUGUGCCAGUACGGGAUGAGACAAACCGCUGAAGUGGAGAAUCAGAUGACAUCGGUUGAAAGAAUACUCGAAUACCAGAACUUACCACCAGAACAGCCCGUGGAGACAGAUAAGGAGGCUUUGAAGAAAAACAAUCCUGAUUUGGACUUCGAGAAGUGGCCCACUAAAGGUGAGAUAGUGUUUGACGACGUAUCGUUGGAGUAUGAGAAGCUGCCUGGCGCGGCUGGUGAGCCUAAUUACGCCAUUAAGGGGGUGAACUUCUCCAUUAAGGCAGCCGAGAAGGUAGCGGUGGUGGGGAGGACCGGAGCCGGGAAGAGUUCUCUACUUAGUGCUCUGUUUAGACUCGCCAAAGUAUCAGGUAACGUUAAAGUAGACGGUGUAACGGCAGAGACAGCUGGACUUCGAGCCUGGAGAUCACGUCUCUGCGCCUUGCCACAGAGGCCUGCACUCUUCGCAGCAGCGCUCAGAGAGAACCUGGACCCUGAGGGCAUCUACACCGAUGCUGAUAUAUACAAAGCACUGGAUCAGGUAGAACUCCGAGAGAUGGUUUCUAAUCUCCCCGCCGGGCUAAAUACGAAGGUGGGAGAUGGAGGGGGGAACCUGUCUGUUGGCCAACGGCAGCUCGUCUGUCUCGCUCGCGCCGCCCUCGCAGGGUGCCGGGUUCUGAUCCUAGACGAGGCCACGGCUAAUGUUGAUACUGAGACGGACAAACACAUCCAGCGUACGAUUCGCAGCAAAUUCGCGCACUCAACAGUGCUCACUAUAGCGCACAGACUCAACACCGUCAUGGACUACGACAGGGUCAUCGUUAUGGACAAGGGUCGAGUGGCAGAAUCAGGUCAUCCAUUUGAACUGUUGACCCAAACGUCAUCACAACCCAAGGACGGCCCACCGAGAAGACUGUCCAUGUUAUCUAAAAGCCAGGCGCCUCUAGCCAUCCCAGAGAACUUCACGUACGACCCGAGCAACGAACAAAUAGACCAGAACGAAACAUUCGUACUCGCGAAGGACAGAAUACGAACAUACUCCAAUAGGUCCGAGGCCUCAGAGGUGGACACCGGUGGUUUAUUCAAAGCGCUCGUCGAACAGACUGGCCAGGAGUCCGCAGCCAUGUUAUACAAAAUGGCCGAAGAGAGUUAUAAGAAAAUGCAAGAAUCGAAGAAGAAUUCGUGA